UAUGAUCACUGCAACCAGACAGCUCGAUAUACUGCAUAGUAUAAGUAGAUUUCUACAAUGAUACUUAACCCAUGUAAAAGCACCCAGAUACGCUCAAGGAAACGGUCAAUUUAUUUUAAAAUACAGUAAUAAUGAUAUUAAUGUUAAAUCGGUGUAUAUUUCGUGGCCAUAGUCAAAAAUUGUGGGCCAGAAGUUACACAGCGGCAGUGGACGCACAACAGGAAUUAGCUUUGAAAGAAAAUUGUAUACUAGUGGACGAUAAGGAUAAGGCAAUUGGUUACAGUAGCAAAGAAGACUGCCAUCGUGUGAAUAAGCUAACUGGCGAUAUAAAAUUGCAUCGUGCAUUUAGUGUAUUCUUAUUUAAUUCAAAGGGUGACAUGCUGGUUCAGCGGCGAUCGACGCAUAAGAUCACAUUUCCCGAUACAUAUACAAACGCUUGCUGUAGUCAUCCACUGCACGACAUUGAUUUAGAACGAGAAGAAUCUAAUGCAAUAGGUAUACGAAGAGCCGCUCAACGACGCCUCAAUUAUGAGCUUGGUAUACCACAAGAACAAAUACAACCAGAAUAUUUUCAUUACUUAACGAGAAUACAUUACAAGGAUUGCGGAGAUGGCGUGUGGGGUGAACAUGAAAUCGAUUAUAUACUAUUUUUGCAAAAAGACGUUGACCUAAAUCCUAAUGAGAAUGAAGUCAGUGAAGUGCGUUAUAUUAAAAGAGCUGAAAUUGAUGAAACUGUGUCAAAAUUCAACGCCCCACUAACACCUUGGUUUAGACUUAUUUUGAGAAGUAAACUCAAAGAAUGGUGGGAUAAUUUGCAUAACUUGAAUCAGUAUGUGGAUACAAAUGCCAUACACCGCUUUUCGGGAUAAAUAAUAAUUAUAAAUGUGCACUUAUAUAUGGGGAAAAUUUCGCAUGCACAAUUUUUGUUUACGAUAAUUAGUUUUGUUAUUUUAGUACUUUAAAAAAUUAAAGCAAAUGCAUUAGUUACGGGACACGUUUCACUAUUUUUCGUUUUAUAUAUUUAUCAUAUAAAACACAUAAAAGGGUACACAUGAAGACUGGCUUGUAUUUCUAGUCGAAUUUUUAAUUAUGUUUGAUGUGAGGUUUUCCAAAAUUAAUUGAAGGGUGUUUGUAUAUAAUAUUCGAUUUAUAUUUUACUCAUCUACAUCGUCCUCAAUUGAUGUAUAUCUCAAUGCAUGAAUAAUUUUUCUCGAAACUAAAGGUUGAAUAAAAGAUAUAAUAGUCAUUGUUUAGGUAUAUAUAGUUAUACCAAAGAGGUCAAGCGCCCAAAUGGUGUAACACCAGGAGUUUUUAUAGAAAGAGUUUAGUUGUGAGUGGUUUUUUGAUUUUACGAAAAACGAACGAUAAGUCAAAUUUCAGUUUUUAUUUCUUAUUUUAUGUUUGUAUGUAUACAAUUUUUAUUUGUUUAUGUGUAUUUAUGUAAAUAACAAUAAAGUACAAUAGUUUAGUAAAACGAUCACA